AUGGGUUCAUUAUCGUCCACGCAGGAACGGGAUUACUCUACUCCAGAGGUCUUUGAUCCAAAGCAUGGCAAGAACGCGAAUAAAACAAUAGAUAUUGGUCAAAAUGGAAUGACUCUAUCAGCCAAUAUCUAUGGACGUCGUAUGCUGCAUAUGGUCAAUGAAGAAAACGAAGGUUUUGGCUUAUGUAUUGGCAACAUUGGCUCGAGAACUACAGUGGACUUGACUGAAAUGAACACAGCCCACCUUGGUUUCGACACAAGAGUUGGUGCCGCGGUGCGUUAUGACGUGAGUGUUGAUGAGAAAGGACGACUUAAUCAGAGAGCCCGUAUUGUCAACAAUACCAGUCAAGAGAUUCAGGUUGGAUAUCAGGUCAAUCUUCAAGUUAGUGUCCAUCGAGCCUCGUACGGACAACUUACUGAAGGGGGCCCGAUACCGUUACCGGAAUGUGAGAAUGCUCUCGAAGUCAAUAGCCAGGGAGGUUCAUUUAUUAUAAGGAAUAAAUUUAUUGGAGCGCAUCUGAGCGGCCAAUUAUACCUAGAUGGCGUUCCUGCACCACUUGUGGGCCUGACAAAUAAAACCCAGCCGGGUUUGUUAACAGGUGUGUCUACAGCAGAUCAGUCUGUCUCUAUCAAGCCAUACUCAGAAGUCACUGUCGGCCUGAUUCUGCGUUUGGCACCCAGAUUGGACGAGAACAACAGCUUCCUAGAACACCUUUGUGUCAAUUCAAAGACUCCGGGAAAUGGAUUAGCGUGGAAGAGGCCAGAAACUGUUGAAACAUAUAUUGUGCGGCGCAAUGUUGACUACAUUCUCGGCAACUGCGCGAUUCCUGUCUCUGAAUCAGAAGUCGCCCUCAUUACUGACCAUGUAGCGCUGCCUCUAGGUUGGAACCGAGACAACUACUGGCAGUGGCGCCUGUUGCUAUUGACCCGGCGGAACUUGAGGUCUUUAGUUACACCAGCCGCGUACAAUCAUUACAAGCGACUUCUCGAUCAAACAAUCAAGGGACACUUAGAUUGGGUGUUUUUCAAGGCUGAGAGACCCCAUAAGUUCUGGCACAGGUCAUACAUUAUAACAGGCAAACCGAAAGAUGGGCCCGUGUACCAGCUCGAUCAGCAGUGUUACCCUAUGCUAGAGCUUUGCGACUACUUCUCAGAGUAUCCCAAUGAAAAGAAAUUUGUGGAGGAGAUUCUUUCCUCUCAAGUCAUCACGGAAAUUCUCGACCACAUUACCUCAAGGCAAGACUUGGCUACAGGAUUGUUCCCUACAGAUGAGACCCCAGGCGACGAUGAAGUUAUAUAUCCGUUCCACUUUUCUAGCCACGUUUUACUCUGGUACACUCUUUGCCAACUGGCUAAAUUAAUUCGCUCGUUGCCAGCGACUUUAAGAGAUCCUGGGGAAAGAUUGCAAUCGCUUGCAGAUGAAGUUCACACGCAAACGAUGCAACACUUCCUAAUCGCCGACCCCGAUUCUGGACAUGUGAAAAUAGCCUACUUGGUAGAUGGUCAUGGCAAGCACACCUUCUAUCAUGACGGAAAUGAUAUCCCAACUGCCUUUGCUGCCAAUUGGGGAUUCUUCUCCAACAGGAAGGAUUUGGAGGCGUGGUACAAUACAAUGAACUACGCCCUAUCGGAGGAGAACAGUCUAGGGUAUAGCUCAGGAGGGUCUUUUGCAGGACUUGGAAGUGUCCAUUCACAAGGCCCUUGGCCGCUUGGAUACUUUCAAGAGAUGUUGUACGCAGACGUCAAAGGUAAUGAAGGGGCAAAAGCAGGUGCUCUACAGCGAAUUAUCGGUGCCAUGCAAUGGGACGGAACUUUUGGAGAAGCGGUAGAUGUGAAGACAGGCCAAGAGAUACUCUCAGAUCCCGGGACACUUGGCCCGGCACUCGAAACCAUCCACCUCUUUUAUGAGCAGUGGCCAACAGGUUUCACCGUCUCCUCCAGCGGCCACAUAUUCGUCAAUUACCCUCCAGUGUUUCCAAACAGUAUCAACUUUACAGUCGGGGAAAUUGUCAAUGGAACAGAAGUUCCAUAUCCGAAUCUCGAAAUAAAUACUCCUCCUGAUACCGAGGAUAGGCUGUGGAUUUUGGAUUCCGGUAGAGUCGCAUCAGCCGGAGGCUUAGCUGAGACUGCUUAUGGCGGACCAAAGUUGAUUGGAAUGCACUUGACAAAUAAUGCCAUGUUCAAGAAAAUUCUUUUUGACCAGACUGCUGUACCUGCUGAUGGAUAUCUCAAUGAUGUCCGUAUUGAUCUUAAUCCAGCUCUGACGCCAUCAGGUCAAGGCGUAGCCUAUCUUUCCGACAACAGUCCAGAGGGCCGCACUGCGAUUGUGGUGGUUGAUAUUGGCUCUGGUGCUGCUUCGCGCAAAUUGGUGGGCGACCCUUCCAUCUCGUCACGUCCAGGAUUUGUGCCGUUUAUAUGA